GGCACAGUGGACUUGGAGCGUGAAGAGGGCGAGGAGUGUGAAGAGAAUAUGGAAGUGUUUGACGACAGCAGUUCCAGUCCGUCGGGAACCCUGCGCAACUACCCGCUAACCUGCAAAGUGCUGUACUCGUACAAGGCAUCUCAGCCAGACGAGUUAACUAUUGAUGAGCAGGAAAUGUUAGAGGUCAUAGAGGACGGAGACAUGGAGGACUGGGUUAAGGCACGCAACAAGACAGGUCACGUAGGCUAUGUUCCAGAAAAAUACCUACAAUUCCCCACUUCCAACAGCCUACUGAGCAUGCUCCAGUCUCUGGCCACGCUGGAUGCUCGAUCACACACUUCCUCCAAUUCAACUGAACCCGAGCUGCACUCCACCUGCAUCAAUGGAGACACAAAUGCCAUCUACGUCCGCGCACUUUACGAUUACGAAGGUCAGGCGGAUGAGGAGCUCUCCUUUGUCGAAGGCGCCGUGAUCCGCCUGUUGAGCCGCGACACGCAGACAGACGACGGCUUCUGGGAGGGGGAGCUGAACGGACGGGUGGGAGUGUUCCCCUCUGUGCUGGUGGAGGAUCUCACAGAGAACGGGGAGACAAGCGGGGAACGGCCUGGCGACACACAGAUUUCACCUCCUUCAAAGUUGCCUUCGUCUCUGCCACCUCUGCCGCUGUAUGACCAGCCUCCCAUCAGCCCUUUCACCAGCCCCGAGACCUCCACGCCUCCUCCUCUGCCACGCUCUCCCUCAGCAGCGCUAAACGGGGAGCACAAGCCUCCGCUGCCAGCCUCUUCACACAAAGGGCAGCUGUCGUCCCGCAAUCAUAGCUCUGGUAGGAGUCCAGUUUCUCCAGGAUUUGCUCAGACUCAGCCGCUGCGACUCACGGUUGAAGGAGGUCCAGGAAAACUACGACCAGUGCGAGCUGCUCCCCCUCCACCCAAGCAGCAGCAGCAGCAGCCCCGUCGGCAGCAGGAGAAGAGUGACAAGACCGAGGAGGUGGAGAUUACGCUGGUGUGACGGAUGAGGCCGACGAACUGUAGCUGCAGGUGCACAAAAACAUAAAAUAAAACAAACUGGGUGAAAAACAAGAUCUUUAACGGUCAGGGUGUGAACUGCUCUGAACUGAAGUGAGUGGAAACAAACUGAAGUGAAACCACACCGACCCCUCUGGACCCUCUUCAGGUUUAAGAGGAGAGCAGAGAGACAGCGGCCCAUCAAAUAAUCCUCUGAUUAGCUUCCUAAUGAAGUGCAACACAAGAGUCCCUCGCCUCUUCAUCCUUCCCUGUUCUUCCAAUCCGGCCUUAGAACCUCACCUCACCGGGCGCUGCGAUGAGGAGGAGAAAGGCUCUGAGAGGGGGGCUGUGGGAAACAAGCAAUGAGGGAUUUGAUGAGUUUCCUUUUCUCUUGUUAGUCUGAGCAGAAGAGAAGUUGGAGUUCUUCUCUUCUUGAAGCAUUACGUUUUGGAGCCCCAAACUAACAAAAUGUAGAAAGGCUCCUCAGACAAGCAAAACAAGCAGUUUAACAUGAAUCCAAGUGGUACAAUAUAUAUAUAUUAAAGCACUGGGGAUAUAAAAAUGAUUGAUUGUUUGACAUCUCAGAUUGUCUGUGGUUUAACUGUCAACAAUAAUUUGGUUAUUUCAGCAAAGGUUUUUGAACACCCUGAAAUCUUUCCUCAGAGUGAGAACUAUUUGUAUCCAAUUACAAGUCAUGUUGCUUAAAGUAGAUGUGCAGCAAAAGUCAAAUUAUUAUAAAGAUUUGCUGCUUUUAAAGAAGAUGGGCUCAAUAACAAGAACCUAAACCACUUUUCUUUUUAUGAUUUACAAAAACAAGUGAUGUUUUUGUUUGUUUGCUUGUUUUAUCCAGGUUAAGAUCUUUGGAGCAGAUGGUUUGAAGGGUUUGAGGGUUAUAAAAAAUACUUUAAAAAUAUGGUUUUUGGGUUUUAUAAACAUAAUUUUGGGUUAAACCAGCCGUGAGAUCAGAGACAGAGCAUUUCUUUUGAUAAGAAAAAUGGAAACUAAUUACAUAAUAAAACAGGAGCCACCUGCAUGAAUAAAAUAUUUAGAUUGAUUAGUUUAGUUUUCCAUUUCAGAUCAUCAAUUAUUUGUGGGUAACUUGCAUGUCUGAUACCUUCUGCUACAUUUUCUGAGUGUUGAGGCUCCGUAAACCUCUUAGAGAGAGGAAAAAAAAAUCCUCACUAAGUUUUUUUUAAAGCAGAGGGAUGUUGGACUAAAUGAACAGAGAAACUGGGUAUUAUGUGAAUGCAGUGCCCCCCCAAACCUUCCCUCACCAAAUCCAAUCAUUAUAUGUAUUUAAUGUGUAUUAGUACAGUACAUUACUGUUGUCCUAGGAAUGUUUAUACACACGGUUUCAUAUAAACUAACGCAGCUGAAAGGAAAAGCGAUARGUAGUGGAAGUUAUAUAUUUAUCUUAUUCUGAAAGGGCAUUGUAAAUACAGCAGGAAGAGGAGACGGAAGAAGAGAAUGAGGAAGAGAAUAAAAAAAACGAGAGCUGGCUGAGGCUGGAUCCUCCCUUCUUUUGUUUUGAACCAAACUCUUCCCUUCCCUCCUUUAUGUCACUCCAAUGAUUGUUUCUGUCUUUGGGCAGACAGUGUGACUCAGUGGGUAUAAUAUACGCAUACAGUUAUAAUAUACUACACACACAUGAUGCGAUUACUGUUUAUCUCUGAUUGAAGAAGGCUGCUGGUGCUUUGAGAUGCACCAAAAUGUUGGUAUUCACUAUGUGGUAACAAACAGAACCGAGCGAUUUAUUUGAAAUGACUUAAUCAACGAAAAGCAAAUCUUGAUCACAUCUUCAUUUAUGACAAAGUUGCGUCGUCUGUCCCUGUUUACCUGACGUGCGGCACAAUUUGCACUGCUCUCUCUGAACAAACAGGAAACGAGACUCGCUAGUUGCCAAUCAGUUUCGAAAACCCUCCUCCCUGAAAACUCCUUGCCUGAAGGGGCAGCGUAGCACUUUUAUUCCUUUUUCCCUUUUUAGAGAAAGUAGCAGUUUCCUCUCAUGACGUCUAAUGAGCCGCUGUAGCUACAGAAACACGAGUUUUCCUUUUUUCUUUUUUUUUCUUUUUUUUUUGUACGGACACUUUUUGCUUCAGUGUGACUGGGACUUAAAAAACAACACCUUUGCACUCUAGAAAAGAAUUGGAAUCAUGAUUGUGCGUAGCAUUGUAUGAUGUUUUUACCUAACUUAAAGAUACAAAGAGGUGUGAUUUGAAUCAGCAAUUGUCAAAAAUGUUUUUGUUUUGUUUGUUUGCUUGCUUUGGAGGAGGAAACUGUAUGUUUGUGAGUGAUUCUGUAAAAGUGAGAGGAUGAAUUUUCUAUGUUUGGGCUCGACUCAGCUUUUUUUUUUUUUUACUACUUUAGAAGUUUUAAAUUCUUACCCCAAAAUAAAAUACACUCAGACUUUUGAAAAUGGGGCAAAUUGAUACAAACAUGACAUAAAGCAAAAAAGACAUUAAAUGUAUAAUGCCUUAUUUUACUGGUAAUGCUCCAUAUAUAUCAUUAUCAUGUUAGUAUUUUGUCUUUUAACAGUAAAGCAGGAUAAGUAGUAUCUUACCUGGCUGCCACUCUUUAAGACUCAAACUUGACUCCUUCACACCUCAGCCCAGUGAGAUAUGACCUUAAACAGGUAAUCCUGUAAUCCUUACAGAUUACAUCUGAGUAGUAUUGAUGUGUUGGAUUGCGUUAAAAGGAAGUGCCGAUCUGGUAAUUGUGUUUAUCUUUGUAGCAUCCGCACUACAACAUGUAAACAUUCAGACACACACCUCUGGCAGAGAAUAUUUGAACAGACGGCAGUCUUUGAUCUCUCUGAGAUCUUUAUUUGCGAUGGUUUUCAAACUUGUUUUUAAAGUUUAUGGUUUGAAGCGGCGCCCGUAUUAUUAGGUGUUUAUUAGGUAUUUAGUUUUGUUUUUUAUGAUUCUACGUCGUUCCUGCGUGGAGCGCUGUGGACCGUGACCGGCCUUCUCUCCCUCUUUUCAGACUGUUGCCACAAUAAUGAGGAUGGAUUCGGACAUCUUUCUGCAUAUUAUGCGUUGUACAGAUGAAAAAAUAAAAAUUUGUAUUUAUUGUGUACAAAAGUUAAUUAAUAAAAAAAUGUUUAAAAUGUU